AUGAUCCCUACCGGAGUUCCCAAAACAAGUCACAUUUCAGACACCACCAACCAUCUGGCGAUUGGCACCAAAUCGAUAUCAUCAUCCAACGAUCCUGAAUUUGGGAACCAAAAGGCCUCAUCUCAUGCCGACUUAUCCGAUCCAACAAGGUUCAAGGAAGUAGUGCCCAUCAGGGAUGAGCAGAUCAAGUCGAAGAUCCAUCUAACCUACCGACUGCAUUACUUCAAAGAGAUCUUCCUUGCACGAAUUAUGGACUACUCAACCUUUGAAAUAUCAUCAACUCGAUGCUCUUCUUCAACCAAGUCGAGAUCGUCCAAUACCUACACAGUAGGGACCACUUCAUGCGCGACCUGUUUGGGAUCUUUGAUAUGGGAACCGACCCACUACCAGCCAAUUCAUCCUCCCCCAUCAUCGGCACUCCCCUACCGCCAUCGAUGCAGCUCUGCUCGAUGGCCAAACAUCCCCAAGCCCCGUCCUCGGAUCAGCUUCUUCCGGUCGCUGGCCGAACGCGGAAUCUUGGAAGUGAUCGAGUUUGGGCUCCCGAAAGAGAACCUGACUAACCGCAACACCGACCCGUCAGCAGCAGAAGAAGGUUCGACAGAGCCUCCAAAGACGGAUGAGGUGCGCGAGAAGGAGGCGAUGACCAAGUCGGCGGUCUGUGAGAUCCUGAUCACGAUCAUCUACUACGAUCCGAGUAGACGUUGCUCGAUAUGGGCGGAACUGGGCCUCGGGAAUCCGUCGACCAACAUGGCCCUUGCCGAUAGUAACGGCCAGCUCAAGCGCGACGAGGAUCCCGAUAACGAACGGUCUUUCAGUUCUUCUAUGACCAUUGCGUCCAUGUCUGCUCGCCCUUUUCUGCAGCUCCUCGAGCUCAUCCAUAAUGCUCCAGAGAUUAAUUUGAGGUCGACUUCCGUACCAGACGACCAAGAAUCGGUGUCGAUUACCCCUUUGGAAGCUGCCACGUUCACUCAUCUGUGCGAGCUGAUCUGUUUUAUCGUCGUCCAACACAGCUUUCGGUCCCAAGUAUUUCAUCCUCUCGACCAAUCUCCUGAACAAAAUCGGCAGUUUAUUGAGAAUCAUCGGGCCCAAAACGAUGAGCUCCCCCUCGCCUACAAGCAAGACGACCCUUCAAGGAGGGAAACCAAGGACAGCAGAGGAUGA